AUGCUAGAAUUUAACAGAGGAAUUCUUUUAUACUGUGUCUUUGUAUUGUUCUAUCUAGCUGUUUGUAAUGAGGUUUGCCUUAAGAUGUAUAGUGAUAUUACAAUAAAUAAAGAAGACAGAAAUGAAAGUCAUCCUCCUGUAGACUAUAAAGACCAGUUUUUCUUUUGUAAAGAGCAUGAAAGACGAACAUGUUGCAAUAAAUCUCAUCCAAAUAUUUUAUCGAAAUUAUAUUCUACCUUUGUUCUAAAUACAUCAUUAUCACGGAAUUGUGUAACAUACUAUUUAAAAAGUUGGUGCUCCUAUUGUGAUGCUGAUGUAGGAAUUGGUAUGAAACUAUAUCAAAAAAAACCCGUCUUAUGCCAUUCACUUUGCGAAGAUUGGUAUAAUUCAUGCAGAGCUGACUAUUUUGGGGAUCCUAAUAACUAUUUAAUUUAUGGUAAUACUUUGAUAUCAGCCAGAAUUACACCUUGCUCUGAGACAUCCGUUCUAUGCUCUCCAUUACACACAAUUACAACAAAUCCUGAUGAAUUUUGUAGACUUAAUGGAUUUAUCUCUUCAAGAGAAUUAAUCUUAACUACUCUGACAGUUGAGCCACACAAAUAUAUAAAUAUAAAUAAGUAUUUAUAUGCUGAACACCCCUGUUUUGAUGGUACCAAUGCUGCUAGUAUUAAGGGACCUGGAAUUCAACUUACACAAGCUUCUAUUAAUGAAGUCAAUAAAUUCCAAAUCCCUUUAUACAUGAAAUAUUUAGUUAACUAUACUACAAAUUAUCUCUCAAGAAAAGUGAAGAUUUCCUUUCCUGCUUUUAUAUUUAUUAUAGGUUUAACAAUAUGGCUCACUCUACGCAUUAUUGACAAUAAGAUAUAUAUUUAUAACUUUCUACGUAACUUGAUUAUUUAA